UGAGACGUGACGCGCUGCUGCAAAGGACGGCCAGGCAGUCACGCCAGCCACCGAUCGACUCCGUGGGGAUGGAAUUACUGCAGUGUUUGUGCCGUCCUACGUAUUAUUUCUGGAGUCAUCAGUCCUCUUGUAGCGCCUCGCUUUGUGUCUCUCGCUUUCGUUUUUCUUCCUUUUCCUCGGUCGUCUCUCCUGGAGAGAUCUCUUUCUCGACCACCCUUCUGACAUCAGAUACCUGUCGUGACCUGGUUUGCGUCUGUAGGCAGAGAGCAUUGUGGGAAAAGCUCCAGAGGUGUUGCUGCGCAGUGCCCCUCUCCGUGGGGUCCCUGAUUCUGUCGUCGCUCGGUUUCGCUGUCAUCUUUUCAUCGCCGGCGAUCUCUUUGGCUUCGCUCGAAAUGUUUUUGAGUCCUCGCUUUCCGUCGAUUCGUCUCUUUUUGCGAGUGACCUUUCCUGCCUAUUUUUAGAAGUCUUCCUUUUGUCAUCUGCCUCUCUGUUACCCCUUUCCUUCCAUGUAUUCCUGCAUGGCCGUGCUCUACUUUCACACACCCCGUCUUGUCCUACAUUUCCAUGCCUCUCUACCCUAAUCCUCUUUUCUUUGCCUUACAUUCAUUGCUUUAACUGCCUCCGCAGGGCAACUUUCUGCUAUUACAGAAUGGAAUUACCAUAUCCCCUGGACUGUUGCGGUGCUCAAACGGUGGUCUGACCAAGAGGGAAAAGACCCUGGACUUUGCCAUAAAAAGCGGUUGGCAUACUUUUUUCUUGCGGAAAAAUGACUGGAAUCCAGACUAUUGAUUUGUAGCAGUGAGCGUGUUUCUUCUCGUACGUCCUACCUUCGGGUUUUCAACAGCAUGAGUUUUUGCAAUAUAUCUGUUGGACCCGACUACUCCUCGGGAAGUGGCUGUACUGUUGUCCACAGUUUGUAAGGUCCCGCUUGAUAACAAGGUGUACGUUCAUUGCUCUACUGAGGCUUAGGGGAACUGUGCUUUACUCAAUGCCUCGUUAUUCAAAUUCAGAUUUUUGGAAAUAAUGGAUUGAUUACAAGGAUUGAUUACUCGUGCUUGCUUGGAAGAUGUGUAGGCGUUUAAAUAGACCUUUGCUCCUUGAGAGUCCUGAUAUCGAAGUUUGUUGACAUGGGUUUAUCAGUUUAACACUGAUUACUGACUUGCUUUCGUUUUCUGAACGGAAAUAACUUGGGUUGGUAAAACCGUUAGUGUAAAACCUACAUCCUUGUCUAUUGGAUGGCGUAUUUCCUGCACAACCAAAGUUAUUUUACAGACGAUAGUCUUCUAACUCUCUGCCCAGGAUGCUCCACUGGCAUAAUUCUUCCCUGGGAUAUGGGACAUAUUCUGGACAUUAUUCUGCAGCCAAUUUCAAACGACUUUCUGAAACAUAGGCUAUCAACUUUUGGAUUUUUCAACUUUUUCUAAGAACAUUUAGGGGGACUUUGCGGACUCAACAACUGAACUUCAUCGCUCGGUGUGACUAUCUGGACUUCUACCACUGCAUUAUGUGUGGUGGGCCAACGUUUUUUUUGGCUGGCCUGGUCAGCAAUCAACAAAUCCUUGGCUUAUGCGGCUGUUUGAGUGGGGCUGUAGUGUCUGGGCCUCGUGGCUAGCCCCGGGACAGCUUGUCCUGCAGAACCCAUGGAGGGCAGGGGCUGUAUCCCGCUCUGUUGGAGCAAAGGGGCAUGCAUCUAUGACCAGCACCCCCUGGCAAAAUAUGAUGGCCAGUUAGCCCCAAAGGAGACCCCAAAGUCUGACAUGGCGUCGUCCUCCUACCUGGAGACCGGCCGCAGCCACUCAGCGGCCGCUGGUUGCGGGGUCAAGUCCCGGUCGGGCGCCGCCGGGGGGGGCGGCGGCGGCCCGGCGGCGGCGCUGGAGCGGCCCGUGGGCUCCAUGGACCGCGUGCUGAAGAUCUACCACUACUUUGAGACCAACAGCGAGCCCUCCACCUGGGCCAGCAACAUCAGGCACGGGGACGCCACGGACGUCAGGGUGAGACGCACGGUCGUGAUCCAGAAGAUAGCUGAGAUCCACAAGCUGCGCUGUGUGUCCUCGCUGGGUCUCCGCCUCGCGCACCUACGCUCCGACGCCAUGCACUGGCUGCACCCCGACCUGGGCGUGUCUCACGUCAGGGAGAAGUACGAGAAACAGCACCCCCAAGAGGAGUGGAGGUACGAGUUGCGAAUGAGGUAUCUCCCCAAAGGCUAUCUCAGCCAUUUCUCGGAAGACAAACCAUCUCUUAACUACCUCUACCACCAGGUUAAAAGCGACUUCAUGCUCCAGCUGGCCGACCACGUGGAUCAAGAUGUUGCUUUAAAACUCGGCUGCUUAGAGAUCAGGAGGUUCUUCAGAGAGAUGCCCGGAAACGCCCUCGAUAAAAAGUCAAACUACGAACUUCUUGAAAAGGACGUGGGUUUAAGGAGGUUUUUCCCCAAGAGCGUCUUGGAAUCUCUCAAGGCCAAAACGCUGAGGAAACAAAUCCAGCAGACCUUCAAGCAGUUUGCCAACCUCAACGACGAGCAGAGCAUCCACAUGUUCUUUGAGAUUCUCUCUCCCAUCUACCGCUUCGACAAAGAGUGCUUCAAAUGUGCUUUGGGGUCUAGCUGGGUCAUAUCAGUAGAGUUGGCCAUCGGCCCAGAAGAAGGAAUCAGCUACCUCACAGAUAAGGGUUCAAUGCCUACCCACCUCGCUAACUUCACCCAGGUACAGUCCAUACAGUACUCUGCCAUGGAGGAGAAGGACCGCAAGGGCAUGCUGCAGCUAAUCGUAGCGGGGGCACCGGAACCUCUCAUAGUCACCACCACGUCCCUGACCACAGCAGAAAACAUGGCGGACCUCAUUGACGGCUACUGUCGCCUGGUCUCCUCUCUGUCUCACUCCUUCAUCGUCAGGGUCCAAAAAGAGGGGGACAGAGCGCUACCUUCAAUCCCCAACCCCAAAGUGUCCAACCAUGAGAAACGCAUGGAGAAGCGGAUGGACGGAGUAAGGACCAGAGCGGUGUGCGUCUCGGCCUCUGCAGGACAUACUAGUGGCGACGAAACAGACGACUAUGCUGAGAUCAUCGAUGAAGAGGACACCUACACCAUGCCGUCCAAAUACUAUGGACUAGAACAAGCGCGGGACUACGAGAUCCUCCGGGACUGCAUCGAGCUGGGACGCUGCAUAGGAGAGGGACAGUUUGGGGACGUGCACCAGGGCGUCUACGUCAGCCCGGACAACCCAGCCCUGUCGGUGGCCGUGAAGACGUGUAAGAACUCCACGUCGGACAGCGUCCGGGAGAAGUUCCUCCAGGAAGCAUUAACCAUGCGGCAGUUCGACCACCCCCACAUCGUCAAGCUGAUGGGCGUGAUCACGGACAACCCCGUGUGGAUCAUCAUGGAGCUCUGCACCCUGGGGGAGCUGCGGUCCUUCCUGCAGGUGAGGAAGUACAGUCUGGACCUGGCCACUCUCAUCCUGUACUCCUACCAGCUCAGCUUAGCCCUGGCCUAUCUGGAGAGCAAGCGUUUUGUACACAGGGACAUUGCAGCGCGGAACGUUCUGGUAUCCACUAUAGACUGCGUGAAGCUGGGAGACUUUGGUUUGUCCAGAUACAUGGAGGACAGCUCUUACUACAAAGCUUCCAAAGGUAAACUGCCUAUUAAAUGGAUGGCACCAGAGUCCAUUAACUUCAGGAGGUUCACGUCGGCCAGCGAUGUCUGGAUGUUCGGCGUGUGCAUGUGGGAGAUCCUCAUGUACGGCAUCAAGCCCUUCCAGGGCGUGAAGAACAACGACGUGAUUGGCCGGAUAGAGAACGGCGAGCGUCUGGCCAUGCCGCCCCAGUGCCCGCCCACGCUGUACAGUCUGAUGACCAAGUGCUGGUCGUACGACCCCGGCAAGAGGCCCCGCUUCACCGAGCUCAAGGCCCAGCUCAGCACCAUCCUAGAGGAGGAGAAGGCCCAGCAGAAGGAGAGGAACCGGAUGGAGAUGAGGCGUCAGGUCACCAUGUCAUGGGACUCGGGAGACGGGAUUGAGAUGCAAACCCGCAGUUUUCCAGAUGGCGACACGAGACGCUAUAUUACUGUCGGGUUCUUACUCAUGCAUCUUCAUUACUGGGGUACUCAUAACUCUACGACUGUUGUGGAUGAUGAUGUUGUUGUUGAUGUUGUUGUUGUUGUUGUUGUUGUUGUUGUUGUUGUUGUUGUUGAAGAGCAUGCAGCCCCCCCCAAGAAGCCACCCCGACCUGGAGCUCCCGGACACCUUGGGAGCCUGGCAUGUCUGAGCUCUGGGGAUAGCUACAACGACGGGCUCAAGCCCUGGCGGCUGCAGCCCCAGGAGAUCAGCCCCCCCCCCACCGCCAACCUGGACCGCUCCAACGACAAGGUGUACGAGAACGUGACGGGCCUGGUCAAGGCCGUGAUCGAGAUGUCCAGCAAGAUCCAACCGGCGCCCCCAGAGGAAUACGUCCCCAUGGUGAAGGACGUAGGCCUCGCGUUGAGGACACUGCUGGCGACAGUGGAGGAGACUUACCCUCAACUCCCUGCCUGCACACACAGAGAGAUCGAGAUGGCCCAGAAGCUGUUGAACUCUGACCUGGCAGAACUCAUUAGCAAGAUGAAGCUAGCCCAGCAGUAUGUGAUGACCAGCCUGCAGCAGGACUACAAGAGGCAGAUGCUGACGGCCGCCCACGCCCUCGCCGUCGACGCCAAGAACCUGCUGGACGUGAUCGACCAAUCGCGGCUCAAGAUGAUGUCGCAGGCCCGUCCGCACUAGCCCCCGCCCUCUUCAGCCCCCCCCCCCCCCCCCCCCCUCCCCCGGGGGGGCCGCGCCACGCGCGCGUUCCUAAAGGACUAUAAACAAAAGACUACCUGAUGCUCUAAGGACACCCGGCGGAGUCGUCUCUAAUAUGUAAAGCGGGCUCUUCUUCUGUGGUCUCGGAGGUCCGCGGCCGGCGAGAGGGGGAACGUCGUCUUCGUCCGCCCCGCCCGCCCGCCGCGAACUCUGGCGGUCGGGGGGGCGGAGCCAGAAGACCUCCGAAAGCCGCGGCGCGACGCUCCCACAUCAGGGAACGCCGGCCCCUCUCGCCUCGGAGUUCUCAACCGACGAAUGAAGGAGAAGGGGCCGGCGAAUGAACAGGGUCGCCAUGGAGACGGGUGGCUGUCGAGUCAAUGUGGUGCUGAGCCAAAAUACACAAGAUCCACACGCUCCACAGUCACUCGGCAAACCAGGGAAAACACUUUGGAAUAAAACAUUUUGUCGUCGGGGCUAACCUCACUUUGGAAUCCAGUUAUUGUGUUCCAUAAUAAUACUGGGACUGCAAUACCCAGAGUUCUCAGCUUCUUGGGGUCGAAAAAAAUAAAAAAAUAAAAGAAGAAGCUGUGGGCACUUGGUCGUCGUGACACCGGCAACAA